UAUUUUUUUCAGAUAACAAAAGGGCAGUUAUGGCCGUUGAUAACGGUGCUUUGUAUUAUAACAGCAGUUUUGUCCACUUUUUUGGAUAACGUAACCACUGUGUUGCUCACGACACCUGUCACCAUCAGGUUGUGCGAAGUAAUGGAACUGGACCCUAUUCCCAUUUUAAUGGCAAUGGUGAUCUUCAGCAAUAUUGGCGGCACCGCAACGCCGGUCGGGGACCCGCCUAACGUCAUCAUCGCUUCAAAUCCUGCCGUCAUACAGUCCGGGAUAAACUUCGCGAAUUUCACAAUGCACAUGACUCUAGGCAUUUUGCUAGUCAGUGUACAAACCUGCUGUCAACUAAGAUACAUGUUCCGAGACACCAACAAGCUAAGAGUAGGUGAACCUAGGGAUAUUACAGAACUUCGCCACCAAAUAACUAUCUGGAAGCGAUCAGCGCAAUCCAUGUUGAAUAUCAGCAAGGAUGAGCAAAUAGUACACGAACGACUGCAAAAGAAAGUCACGAAGCUGGAGAGGGAUUUAAAAGAGAAGCUGAAGGAUAGUAAAAAAGUUGUAAUACCUAGUGACACCUUUGAGACUACUCUAGCUGAGAUGAAUCAAAAGUACAAAAUCCGAGAUGUGCCGCUGCUGAUCAAAGCAACGAUAGCGAUAUCGUUUGUCAUCAUUUUAUUCUUUCUACACGUAAUACCUGAACUAAAUAGAGUGUCACUAGGCUGGACAGCACUGUUAGGAGCUCUCUUGUUACUGAUCUUGGCGGACAGAGAAAACCUAGAACCGAUACUACACAGAGUAGAAUGGUCUACGCUAUUGUUCUUCGCUGCUUUGUUUGUCAUGAUGGAGGCACUCUCAAAACUGGGCCUCAUAUCCUUCAUCGGAAAUAUCACAGAGAACCUCAUCUUGAGGGUAGAUGAAAACGGCAGACUGGCUGUGGCAUUGAUGCUCAUGCUUUGGGUUUCAGGAGUAACGUCAGCCUUCGUCGACAAUAUACCUCUAACAACAAUGAUGGUAAGGAUCGUGACGUCGUUAGGAUCCAACCCGAAUCUCAAUCUACCAAUGGCUCCUUUGAUAUGGGCGCUGUCCUUUGGAGCCUGUUUGGGGGGUAAUGGCACACUAAUCGGCGCUAGCGCGAACGUGGUCUGCGCAGGAGUAGCCGAGCAGCAUGGAUACAAAAUCACUUUCGUACAAUUCUUUAAAAUCGGUUUUCCUCUCAUGAUAGGUCACUUGAUCACAGCGUCUAUCUAUUUAUUAUUAUGCCACGUUCUUUGGCAUUGGCAUUAAGGUUCAUUUUGUUGUUUAGAUUAGCAAAAAUAAGGUUUUGACAGGUGUUGAAGUAAAGUAUUGGAUUUAAAGGAGUAAAAUGAUUUAAAAUAAAAUCCGUUUUAGAUUACAAUUAAAAAAUGCUUAAAUGCACAAAUCUACAACUGCUAAGUAUUUAAAAUUGUAGGGUGUGUGCCCUAUAUUUAUUACCCUUAAACAGGUUGGCAAUAGGUCACAACUGAAGAUUCAAUCGGCAGGACCAUAUAAGGCAAACGACAGGACAAUGCCAUUACCACUGUCAAAUUUU